UUAAACCGGAAGUAUAUAUAUUUUUUUUUUUAUUUGGGAUGUAACAACAAUCCACGAAAAUGACUUGGGAACGAUCUGUCUGUUGUCUAAGAGUGUUUACUGUUAUUGUAACUGCUAUUUUAUGGUUAUUUGGAGGUGGCAUUGUUGGAUUUUGUCUAUGGGUAUUGUUAGAUUUCUUUAUCAACCAGUAUGUAAAGUCAGCUGAUGAACUAAGAACUGUUUUCGUCAUAGUCCAUGUCAUAAUAGCAGUGGGCGUGGCAUUACUCAUAUUUGGUAUUAUUGGUAUAUAUGGGGCAGCUCGACCGAGACGAUGGGCACUUAUCAUGUUUUUAAUUUGCCUGGUUUGCGUCACACUGACUCUUCUAGGAGGAACGAUCUACUGCUUUUUCUACCAAGCUGAAAUUAAGCAGAGUGUUAAGGAUUCUCAGCUUAUGGCAAGGAUUAUUAAGAAAGAAUAUGGUUCAAAUAGUGCAGUUACCAGUGCAUUCAAUUACAUGCAAAGAGAGCUACAUUGUUGUGGAGGUGUCAGUUACACAGACUACAGUGAAUCUAACUGGAUAACUACAGUCUGCCCUAAUGAGAAAAAUCCUGAAGUUUGUGAAAAACAUGGUACUGGAAAAGUGCCACUGUCCUGCUGCAAGAAUUCUUAUUAUUAUGAAAACCAGGAGGAACAUUAUCAAUAUUGUUUAAUGUAUAUUGAAGACACGUCAGGUGCUGUGCUGCCAAAACCCAAUGCUAACAUGUAUCAGAAAGGCUGUAGAGAGUCCAUAGUACAAUUUUUAGAGGACACAGUGCUCUCAGUACUUGGAGUGGCAUUGUCAAUAACAGUACUUGUGGUCUUGCUGUCGGCCAUUAUUUUAACAUCAGCCCUUAUCCACAAACUAAGAAGGCCACCAUUGAUGUCAAACCAUGAUGACGAUGUUGUUUACGAGAUGGCAAGAAGCCAAGAGAAAUCACCUUAUCCAACAAGAGGCCCAUAUGCUAACUUGUACAAUAGUUAAAUUAUUAGUGUGUCACAUUUUAGUCACCAUUUAAGACUAUAAAAAUCAUAUUAGGUAAUGGAGUCGUGUUACCUUAUGUCAGAAGAAUUCCCAUUAAGAUACAUGUAGAUCUGCUCUGAAUGUUUGAAGUAAUAUUUUAGAAAGAUAAUACAAAGUUUGUAGGAGUAUUGUACUUAAGUGACAGCUUGAGCUAACAUGAAUUUCAAUACUGCUAUUGUCAUUUUUCGAUUAGAAUAUGUAGAGUAUGAAUUUUUAUCAUUAUGUGGGUCCAAGUUUUUAAAAAUCAUAGUAUUUUAAUUCAUGAAAGGUCUGUUAAAAUCUAAAACUGUUUUCUGUGAUUGUUCAAACCUAUAAUAAUUCUGGUUUUAUUAUUCAUGUAUACAAUUACCCAGUAACUGUUGAGGAAAAUAUGAUUAAUUCCUUUUGAAAAAGAACAAAAUUAGUUUAAAAAAAAUCUUUUUAUGUAAAUAAAGAUGAUACAGUACACAUAACAAGAUUCAGUCAAUAAUAAGUCUUGUUUGAGUUGAGUUAAUAUACAUGUAUGUGAAACAAGUGAUUUCCUAUAAUUGAGAACACACUUUUAUAGGAUUUUUUGUUAUAAAACCUAUUGAAUAUACAUAGAAAUGUCUUCUAGGGAAUCAUCCAGCAACCAGUAUUUACCGUAAAAAAUAACCAUCACGACUGAUUUUAUUCUGAAUUCCCUUGUACAUACUGUACGUUAAAAGAAAUUCAAUAACAUUAUUCAUGAUUCCUUUCAUUUUUUUUUAUGGUACUUGUAAAAACAUACAAACCCAUGACAUCAUCUUAAAAUAUCAAACUGCAAGAUUUUAAUGUCAGCUAAAUUAAUACAUAUACAGUACUGCUAUGCAUCCAGAAAUCUUUGGGAAUUCCUCAGAAAUAUUUGACAAUCUACUGAUGCACGUAGUAAUUGGUGAUAACAAUAAUGUGACAAUCUAGCUUCUAGUCAAUGAUUGUGAGAUUUAUAAAAAUGGAGUUAUUUCCCUUUUUUAUACUUAUAUAUAUUAUCUCCCUUUGUAUGAGUGUUUGAAAUAGUUUGAUAGAAAAAUAGAUAAUUUUUCUAAUAUUUUUUUACUAAUCUUUCUGAAAUGUUUUUGAUAUGACUUCAUUUUGGAAGUAAUGAUAUUAGUUUAUCUUUGAUAUUGUUAUAUAAAUUUUAAUACAAAAUCUCUGUCCACAAGAGUUCGUAUUGGAUACCAGUCUGAUAGUUACAACAAGUUGAAAUCUUUUCAGAUUUGUCAAAAUGAUGUUUUUUUUAACCAACCGUCUGCUAAAAUUUUAGGAACAUUUUGUUGUACUAAUGAUUGUUUAGUGAAAUUAUGUUUGGACCAGUAAAUAAAAAUUGUAUUGUGGACCAAAUUUCUAGUAAACCAUCCAUCCUUUGUGAAUUCUGUUAACAGUGUGUUUCUAUUCCUUUUAAUAAUAGAUUGCUUCUUGCUGUUAAUUGCAUUUAGUUCAAAUUUGAUAGUCCAAUAUAGUUUUUAAAGGAAGAAAUAUAGAAAAAUAAAUGAAUCUUUCAUAAAUAUUCCUAAGGUGGCCUUUUACCAGCCUUAAUUUUUGUCCAUUUUUAAUUCACCUACUUUUUCCAAUGGUUGUCAAAUUUUUUGCCCUUUAUUCCAGUCCACCUGGCUUUACAGAACUAACUUAAAUAUCUGGUAUAUUGUGUUAUGUGCCUUCACCCUGAAUGUGCAUGAAAUAUUUGCCACUGGAAGUUAAGCAAACAACAAUCAGUCAAUUAGUAUAUUGCUCAUUAGUUUACAAAAACAUAGAUAGAAGAGUUUUUUAUCUGUAUAUUCACAGUAGGUAUUGUAAAGUACCCACCUAAAUUUAUCAAAACUUACUUAAGAAAAUAUAUUCUUAUGUAUAUUGCCUUUUCUGACACAAAUUGUAAAACAAUACUGCACAGGUUCACAGACUAGAAGUUUAAAAAAAUUCUUAGCCCUCUCCAAUUUGCUGACAGAUUGAAAACACAAAACCAUUUGUACUAGUAGUGUAUAUGAUUAAAGUUGUAAUGAUGACUCGCCAACAUUAAUCACUUUUUAUUUGUACAUUGUACAUUAUAAAGUGUAUACACACAUUGUUUUUUUCUGUCAUUUUAAGAUAACACUUAUUUUUUGUAGGAUUUCUACUCAAUUUUUUCCCAAACUUUUAAUUUCUUAAACAGAUUUCAAAUCAAAUAGGAUUAUUUGGGUUUUUUUCUGCUUGUUAUCCCACCAUUGAGGUGCUAAACCAAAAAAUCAUUUAAGCAUAAUUUUCAAAUAGUAUUUUGUCUCAUUACAAAUAAAUCAUUCCAAUAUUUUAAACAUGUUUUUUUUUAUAUUUUUAUGUCAUAUUUGUUAGAGGUCAUCUAUUUUUGUUGUAAGAAUAUUUUUUGAUAAAAUAAUUCAAAUAUAAGAAUAACUAAUGCACUGAAACUUACACACCUUAUAUAUAUUAAUAAGUACUGCAGAUGCAUAUAUAUGUUUAAGGGUACUCAUUUUCCUGGACGAAGAGAAAAUAACAAUUCUGUGGAUACUUUUUUUUUGAGUUUUUUUUCAUUAAAAUUCUAUAUACACACCAACAGCAAGUUUGUAAAUUUUUGAAAAUUUAAAUUUGUGGUUUGCCCCUUCCCAUGAAAUCCAGGAAAAUGAAACCCCAUGAAUAGUUAUAAAUCCACAGUAUCUUGAUUUCCUAAUUGUUUGUAUAUGUCUAAUUUUGAUAAUAUUAACUCUCGAAAAACAAUCAAAUAUAAUUCAGAAAUAUUCUAUUUCACUUUUUACCAGAUUUUAUCUAUUAGUAUUUUGGAUUUGUUUGUUACAAUUUUUUUAACAUACAUAGUAAUUAACUUUUGUAAAUGCCAUUUCAGCUUUUCAUGUUACUUUAACAAAUCUGAUAAUUACUAUUUGGGAAAUUUUUAAAUCCAUAUAUGUAAAUUCUGAACAAUGAUAUAUUGGAUGGUAAAAUUGAACCAUUUCAUUAUAAAGUUUAAGAUAAAAAAAUAUCGUGAAUUAUCUUACCUCUCUGGGAUGAACAAAUUUUAAGAUUUUUUUUUAAAGUCACACUUGAGUUUAAGGAACUUUUAGGAAAUUCUGAAGCGUGAUUUGAAAUAAAAAGAAAUUUGUAGUUGCACACCUUAUAAAGUAGAAAUUAAAAAAGAAAUAAAGUGCAUUUAGAAGUUGAAGCAAUUUAAAAAAAAUUUAAGUGCAUUUCUGAAAUAGAAGAACAAUUUCCCAGAAAUAAUUUUAGUGCAUUUGUAAUUAUUAUUGAAUUUCAAAAUGAAUUAUUAAUAAAAACAAAGUUUUCAAAUGUUGUAAUACAUGUACAGGGAUCAAAUUACAUGUGCAAUAUGUACUUUUAUCGCUAUUUUACAAAAUUUUCCUUUGAUCUUGCUGACUGAUAAUUUCCUUUCUCAGCGGAGUCGAGUGAUUUGAACAAUUAUCGCUAGAAACUAAGGUAGCAUGUGCUCGUUGUUAAUGAAAUUAACAACAUCGUCAUAGGUAAAAUAGCGAUAAACAGAUUAUCAUUGGUCAUCUCAACUCGAUUGCUUUUCUCACUUUCGCCAUUCCAGCUCAAGCGAGAAAACCAAUCUCGUUGAGAUGAUCAACGAUAAUCUAUAAAUAUUCAAUUUGCAUCUGUUUCAUAAUUGAUAUUAUUAUAUUUUAUAUCUGUCGAAAGAUCUGUUGUAUCGCAAUAUAGAUUAUAUAUUUACACUGCACAACACUGAUGUAACACACUGUUUACACAUAAAAAAAGUAUGGUAUUUUUCACUCAUUUUGUGUAUUGUGCUGUUUAUACAUCAAAGUAUGUUAGCUUUUCACUCAUUUUGUGUAAUGUGUAUAUAUGUUGUGUAUUAAUGACUAUUCCAUAACAAAGAAUAAUUUGUAGCAACAGGUUGACCAAAAGUAUCAAUUUUUUGAAAGACAUUUAAAAUGUAACUUUAUUUAAAAAUGGUAUCGAAAAAGAAAAAAAUCACUUGAGUAAUAUAUUUAGUUCACUAUAUGUUAUGUUCAUCUUUUUUCAAAAUUUCCCUAAAGAAUUUAAAAAAAUAUGAAUUAAGUUGGGUAUUUGUAAGCAAUAGGCAUUAUGCAAUAAGUCUUUCUUAUACUUUGAAUUUUAUAUUGACAUUGGAAAUGGGAUGUACAAAAAGCCUACAAGCCCUGCUUCUUACAAAGUAGUAUACAGAAUAACUGUUUAUAUAGAAAGUUGUAACCUAUUUAUAAGUUUUGCCUGAGAAGCAACAGUUGUUUAAUUUACAUUCUAAUAAUAAAUUUAAAUGAUUUAACAAAACAAAUAAUAUUGAAAAAAAUUAUUGAUAAGAGAAAGCCAUGCUCUUAUCACUGUCUCGGCUAAAUAACCUAUAGAAAAAAAUCUACAAAGAAAAAUAUUAGUUAUGAAUAAUUGAACAUAAACAAUAUUAAGUCAAUGUCUGAAAAGUAUAAACUUUUUUGUAUGCGGCUGAGAAACUGGAGAAAGGCAAGGUUUUACCGAGCACUUCUCCAGUAUUGUGCAGAAUACAAACAAGUUUAUAUUUUUCUGACAUUGUCCUUAUAUUAUUUUUAUACUGCAACUUAAAUUAAUUCAUUGAUAGCUAUUUAAAUUGUAACACAAAUUUCAAAUUUAUUUUCAUCCCUUAAUGAACCCCUGAUUGUGAAAAAAGUGAUCCAUGAUGAAAUUGACAUUGCACUAAAUAUAGCUGUGUUACUAUAUUUAGGAAGUAAACACAACUAGUUGUAGUAUAAAAUAGUUGUUUUUCCUUGGUGUGUGAUGUUUUUAGGUUGUAGUUUUAAAAACUUUAACAUUUUGUGAGUGAGUGUAGUUCAUGGCUGUGCCAUACAAAAUAUUUUAGUGAUAUAUUAGAUUUUCAUGGUAUUUGGAAUUCUACAUUUUACAUUUUUAUUUUAACCAUUGUGUUGUAAUUGUAUUAGGGGGAUGACACACGUUUUGGACAUUGGAUAUUUGGGAUAAAGGGAGUACAAAAAAGAGAUGAUGUGUGAUAUAAGGGUGAAGAUGUUGGAUAUAGGGGGAAAAACAAGUUUGAAUCUGUGAAAAAAGAAGUAACAAAGUGGGAAGUGAAAAAAAAACCAAUAAAAAAUGGGAUUUUGGAAAUGACCAUCUUUCGUGUCACCCCUCUCAUGUAUUACAUUUUUGUGAUAAUAUGAAUAUUGUCUCAAUGCUUUAUUAUUCUUUUAUGAUGAAUAUUUCACCAAUGAUUAGAAAUGAUUGAAAAACACAUAUUUGAACAUGAUAAACAUCGUAAAAUUUACCAUCAUUCAUAUUUACGGAAUCAGAUGAAAGAAUUGGAAAGUCAGAUAUCAUUGUUAGCCUUAAGUUUGUUUUGAUACGUUUUAAAAAGUAAACCAUUAUUAUUAUAUGAUAAUAAAAAAAACUGCUUCAUAUGAAUUUUAAUAAUCAUAUUUAUGGAUUAUUAAAAAUGAAUAUUUGUGUUUGUUAUAAAACAACUUAUGUUUCUUAUUCUAAUCAUCAUGAUUUUUUUAAUAUUUUAUGUGCAAUAUUUGUUUGUAUGUAUAUAGCAAAGCUUUAUAAAUGUUUUAGAUUAUAUUGGUGCAAAAAGGUAUAAACACUGAAAGGAGAAUCCUUAUUAUUUAAACUAUUUCAUGAAUAAAAUUCUCUAUAUUCCAUUUCAUCUUUUAAAACUUUUGUUAAAUUGGUACAAAUACAAUUAUUUUUAUAAGAAAUGAAAGAAAAAAGGGGAUUGAGGUUUAUUGGUUUUAAGAAUAUUUCUUUUUAGCAACAAGACAUCAAUUAUCCAUAUGGAAACCAAAGUUAUCUUCAAUCUUUAAAAACUUGUUUUAGAUUUUUUGAUAACUUGUUUACGAAGCAUUUUUAAAUGCUAGCAUCAGACUCGUGCAUAUUUUAUACUUUAUGUUUGGCUUCAUACAAAUAGAUAAUUACAUUUCAUGAUAUAUGAUCAUUAUUAUGAAUACUUAUUGCUCAGCUGCAAAAUCAUGACCACUCUUUAAGUAGACAUCUUGAAUUACAAAGACUUUUAUAUAUACAUUUAUCAGUAUGUUAUAUCAUUGCACAUGCCAUUUUUGCAUAAUUUAGAAAUGUGAGGUAAAUGUCUUUAAAAAGGGACUUUAUAUCUUAGUAUUUUAUGUCUAUUUAUUCCUCUCUGUAAUUCAUAAUAGUAAGGAAUAAAUAUUUCCAGAGUAUAAGUAAAUUUGCUGAUAUAUUUGUAAACAUGAUCAGAAGAGUACUGGCUACACUUCAUGAAGCAAAUGCAUCAAACUUUCUCAUGAGGGAUAUUGCAAGGGGUUCCAUGUUUUUGUUCAAACUGCAUGAAAUUUGAAGACAUCUGUAUUUUGGAAGUUAAAAUGAACAUUAUUAUUAUAUAAUUUAUUGGAAAUUACUGUUGGCAUUUUAUCAAAAAAAACUUUUAUUAAAUAUUUUGUGCAAAAUUAAAAUUUUUUUGUUUUCUGUGAAAUUAUUGUUUUUAAAAAUGGUUAUAUUUGAUUUAUAGAUGGAAUAACUUUUUUACACAAUAAAGGUUGUACAUUAAACAUAUUAAUCUAACAUUGUAAGUCAUUUAAUUGUCUUGUCGGUUCAUAUUUUGUUAAUAGUUUUUUGAUAGAUUGUGUAGUCAUUAGUUUUACAGAGAAACAAGAUAAAUAAUUUUAUAUUAUGUUGUCAUAAUCGUCAUUAAAGAAAAUUCUAUUUAAACUUC